AUGGUGCAAAUUGGAGAAUUGUCGGCCAAUAUGACACCUCUGAAUAUCAAUCAGAUGACGCGCUGGGUCAACACGAAGGAAGAACAUGCUGGCAAGAUCGUAAGCCUCAUGUCGGAGUACUGCCUUUGCCAGCGGGUGAAGCCUGUGAGCGAUCCGAAGAGUCCAUUCUCCAGCGAGGCGGACUACAUUGCUGCACUUCAAUCCCAUCACCAGGUGAUGCUGGCGGCAGUGAAAUGCAAGCAGAAUGUGGAUCCGGCGCUGGCAGACGCACUGGAUGGAGCUGUUGCUGAGAUGAGCAAGAUGCAGCCUGCCGCAACUGGUGGAAUAGAAUUCCAAGCUUUGGACGUCGGAACGGGCUUUGUGUGUGGAUCUUGUUGA